GGCACUAGUGGCAACGCGGGUAAGAGUCGAACACCUUGAGGAUCAGUUGAGGAGACGGUAUGUCGCCAAGCGUAAGACCGAUAUUAAACUUUUCGCAAGGAUCCAUCCGUCUGUACGACUCCGCUCGCGUUGUAGACUGCAGGUAUCGUGUCGAGCACUCGCGGAAGACUCAGUAUGCUCAUGAUCUCCGCAGAUGUCCUGGAAAGAGCCGUGGCUAGAGAGCAGAUGUGAUGCCGAGAAAGUCCAUCGCGGUGUAGGGUGAUAGUUGGCCGCAGGCACCGAUGAGAUGUAGCGAGCGGCUCGGAAGCGAGGUUGCGUUCUUCAUUUAUGCUUCGAGUCCAUGGAGCCUGCUGAGAAGUGCUUACUCGGCGUAAGAUUAGCAGAAGAACUCGAAGGCAAGGUGACGGUGCUGCUGCUGGGUCACCUUCGUCAGCGGCUGAACUGUGAUGCAAGACUUAUAAUCAACUGCUCAUGUUGGAAAAGAGGCGACAGCUUCCAAGAUGCCUUCGAUAGAUGGGAGAUCGAUGAGUGCUUGGAUAGAGUCGCCUUCGUUCCGCUGCCGUCUAAGUGGCUAUGGCGCUAACAAUCCUACUCAUCCGACUAUCAACAACUCCUGUCCACGUUUUUCGCACACGGACUUAUACACUAUUGAAUCUGGCGAGAAGGAACCCCGCCCGUGCUCUUGCCGCGCUCGAUCAGCGGUGUCCGAGAGAUUGGGGACCUGAUGUCUUCGACCUGUUCCCGGUAGCUGAGCAGCACCCAGCGUGUCGUCUUAGAGAUGGUACACCUUGAGGAUGGCGACGCAAGCAGCGAACCAUCGAUUAAAGUGCAGCCCUGCUAUAAGCACUCGAUGAAGUGAGUGAAUAUAGUCCGUCUGCUAUGCGCAGUCUUUACGCAGAACGACAGUGGCACAUUCGCCGCGAUACACU